AUCGUAGCUCAUAGAAAGAGACGCGUCUCAACUUAUCACCUACCAUUUCUAAUUUUAAACAAUUUUCGCAGCAUUAUUGUUACUCACUACUUCUUAAUUUUCUCUCUUUUCUCCUUCUAUAAAUACCCUUUCUAGUUUUGCUCCAACAUCUUCCAUUUCCAGUUUCAAACCUCUGAGGUUAUUGUUUUCAUACUCCAAAGGCAACGAGUGUCGUUAUUUGGGUCCUUGUUGCUAUAAAAUUUCGCUUGCUUCUGAAAAUUGUUGUCUCUUUAUUCUUUGAAUCGUUUCGACAUUAUUUUUCAAUUGUUUGUUUCGGUUUCUUUGAGGAUGGUUUGCUUGGUUUCUCGCACGGGAAGGCACUUGCAGCGUUAUGACAACCUCGGUCGCCGCCAGGUCGUCGGGUGCAUUCCCUAUAGAUUCAAAUGUAGCAGUGAUGGAACCAUUAGUGAUGAGCUAGAGGUUCUUGUAAUCUCCUCACAAAAAGGUCAAAAAAUGAUGUUCCCUAAGGGUGGGUGGGAGCUUGAUGAAUCCAUAGAAGAAGCUGCUUUAAGAGAGUCAAUUGAAGAAGCUGGAGUUAUAGGCAAUGUUGAGUGUGAACUGGGCAAAUGGUACUUUAUAAGCAAAAGCCAUGGCACAUUUUAUGAAGGUUACAUGUUCCCUUUGCUUGUGAAGGAGGAACUUGAUUUCUGGCCUGAGCAGAAUGUUCGUCAAAGGACUUGGAUGAAUGUGAAAGAAGCAAGGGAUGUAUGCCAGCAUUGGUGGAUGAAGGAAGCCUUAGACAUUCUUGUUGAAAGACUGGCUUCCUUGCAGCAAUAGAAGGAAGAAAUCGUCUCCAUUUGUUCUCUGAUUUUUUUUUUUUUUGAUAAGGGGAAGGGGUACGGGUUAUUUAGAGAUUGAAUUCGAGAUCAGUACCAAUUGAAGACUCGAUUUUAGAUGUUUUGCCGCUCCACUUAUGGUUCAAUUAACAAUUUAUUGUCUAAGGAUGAACUCAUUGUCUGUAGAUAGGGGCAUUGCCAGGCUUUUCUCCUUGUUAGAAAAAGCAGAGGGUUUAAGGGCCAAUUAUGUUGAGUUCCAAGAAGACAGUAGCAGCUGUAGAUGUUUCAGGAAAUAAUUGUAAAUUCAGGGAGGGAUGGUUGGUGUUGCUGGUUGGAGCUUUGGGGGAUCGAUUCAUAUGAAAAAUUAGUAGGAAAAACGAAGAAAAAAGUGAACAGAUCUUAGAACAAGUUGUAUAAUUCAAUCCAUGUCUCUACCAUUUAAUUAAUUGCAAAGCGAAAACAAACAAAAAACAAAUUAAUGAGAAUUGAACCCCUUAAGUUUUUGCA